AGAGAAUAUCUAGAAGGCGAACUCAAACAGAGAGGGUUUUUAGGGUUUAAGAGAUUCUUCAGUUUUCGAGAGUCACAUUUACACUUUGACGAAGGAACCAUGUGGGCAGUUCGUCGAGUAUCUUCUUCCUUCAAGAAACAAGUAUUUAUGACCGGAGGCUCUCGAAUAUGUUAUGCCACUUCAGAUAUUUCAAGUCAAUGCCUUAAAGGACACAAUGAUGGGCUUAAAGGGGAUUCCAAUGUAAUAUCACAUAGACCUCUUACAUAUAGAGGAUUCCAAAUAACGUCUCAUGGUUUUCUAAGAGUAUUCAGGGAAAGCCGAAGCUUCUCGUCACAAGCUGGCACAAAGAGCAGCGGAGAGGAAGAUAGUAGUUCAGACGAUGGAUUUUCAGAGCUUGAAUCUUCUACUGCAACUGAAGCAAUACAAGAAGUCAACAAAGUAGACGAGUCAGUCUCUGAGCAUGAGCUUUCCGAAGAGGAUCUUGAUGGUGAAGAUGUGGAAGCACCUCAGGAAUUAUUGUCUGAUACAGAGGCUGAAAUUAACAAACGGAAGUCUCCAAGGAACGGAGUUUCUUCAGCAUUAUUCAAUGCUAUCAUGGCAGCACCAGCUUUACCUGUUAGUAAAAUCAUGGAUAAAUGGGUUGAAGGAAAUAACGUCACACGGGUAGAAGUAGCAGCAGCGAUGCUUAAUUUUCGUAAAAGGCGCAUGUACGGGAAGGCACUGCAGCUCUCUGAGUGGUUGGAGUCAAAAAAUCACGGAGACCCCAAUGCAUACCUUGAAUGCACAUCUCUAUGCUCAAAGCUUCACUAA